UUCUUCCGUCUCCGCUCGGCUCUCGCCUGUUCUUCCGGUGGAGAUGACUGCGGCCGUGGCUGGGAUGCUGCUAGCGGGGUUCCUGCCCCAGGCGGGCCGGCUGCCCACCCACCAGUCUGUUCGCUAUGGCUCCAAAGCUGUUACCCGCCACCGUCGUGUGAUGCACUUUGAGAGGCAGAAGCUGAUGGCUGUGACUGAGUAUAUCCCCCCCAAACCUGCCAUCAACCCAAGAUGCCUGCCACCUCCUCCCAGCCCUCCCCAGGAGGAGACAGGCCUCAUCCGGCUCCUCCGUCGGGAGAUAGCAGCAGUUUUCCGAGAUAACCGAAUGAUAGCUGUCUGCCAGAAUGUGGCUCUGAGUGCAGAGGACAAGAUUCUCAUGCGGCACCAUCUGCGGAAACAUAAGAUCUUGGUGAAGGUCUUCCCCAACCAGGUCCUGAAGCCCUUUCUGCAGGAUUCCAAAUACCGAAACCUGCUGCCUCUUUUUGUGGGGCACAACUUCCUGCUGGUCAGUGAAGAACCUAAGGCCAAGGAGAUGGUACGGAUCUUAAAGAGUGUGCCUUUCCUGCCGCUGCUAGGUGGCUGCCUUGAUGACACCAUCCUCAGCAGGCAGGGCUUCAUCAACUAUGCCAACCUGCCCAGCCUGGCCCUGGUGCAGCGGGACCUGGUGGGAGGGCUCACCCUCCUCAUGGCACAAACCCACUCCCUGCUUCAGCACCAGUCCCUCCAGCUGACUGCCCUGUUGGAUCAGUACACCAGACAACAGUGCGAGGGGGACUCUGUCGCGUCAGCCACUGGGAAGCCAGAUCCUCCUGAGCCUGUUCCAGACUCAUAGCCAGCCUGUCUUAUCCAGCCCUUCCCAUAAAUACACCCUGCCCCUGUUGGCUAUGCUGUCCUCUGUUAGAGAUGUGGAAGAAUUUGGGGUGGGGCGGGGGGCACUUUUUACUUGGCUUCCACUAACUAUGGGCUCCUCAGGUACAGAGCAACCCGGAGAUGCAGAGGGAUGCCAUUUCAGAAUGGAAGCUCCUAAUCAUGGUUUUUGUCCUUGGUGUUUGUGUUCCCAACUUAACACCUGAUAAAAAGAGAAGUCUCUUCCGGCUCUCCAGGUGCGAAGCAGAGAAGCUGAAAAGAUAAGGAUAUUGCCCGCUGCCUCCUUGUUCCCUGUCUCUUGCUGCACACAUCUCCCCAGUCCAUCCCCUCACAAUAGCUCAACUGAGUAAUUGUGCUAAGAAUGGCACCUGCUGAGAGCCUACUGUGUGCCAGGCUUUGUGCUAAGCACUGUACAUGUGUGUUAUGCCUCAGCAAGUCAUCCCCAUUUCACAGAGAAAAUGAAGGAGCAGAGAAGUUAGCCUGCCCAGGAUCAAGCAGUUAGUAAGUGGCAGGACAGGGACUUGAGCCAUGCUUUCUGCUCUGAAGACCGACUCUGAAUUUCUACACUAGAACUUCCUCAUGAACUUACCCAGGAGUGGGCCCCAGGUGUGCUCGGAUGUUAGUUCUCUGCCAUCCUUGGGGUGUGCUAUGUUGUGGAAAGUUUGGGAGCACUGCUUUACGAUGAAGAAAAAUGCAUUUUACUUACUCAGUUUUCCUAUUUACAAGGUUAUCCUCCCUGUAGACUUAUUCUCAGGGUCAUCUCUGUCAUCUCUGUUUCCACUUUUCCUAGAAAAUCCUUCCUCUUCCCUUGUACCUAUUCCCACAAAGGGCAUCUCUUACGUGCUUGUCCCUUUGAAGGCAGCUGACAGCUGUGCCCAGUAGCUAACAUGUUUCGGGUGGUUCAGAACAACAGGGCUGGGGGGGAACUCGGGUUCUCCGUCAAUGAGGGGUUCUGGGAACUCCAAAGCAGGAGGCCUCAUCCAAGGCUUGGGGGACCAGAACUUCCUAAUAAAGGAGAUGGGAUGCUUAACUAGAA